GUAUCCCGGUUUGUAGUUUUAAGAACAGAAUUGGGGUUAUUCGUUUCAACAGCCAAUAUUUCUGUCUUCUUAUAAUAUUCAAAACUGGAUUUCAGUUCUUUUACGAUGCUUUCGACAUUGUAAUGCCCUUGAGGAGAUGAUGCAAUCACAGCAUUUGUUUCUUUAAAAAAUAUUCUGCCAACGCGAAUCAUAUUAUGCCAUGAGUUGAAAAAAGAACAACUCAAAAGUCUGACAUAGCUUGCUCCUGGGAGCGGGUCUUCUAAAUAGAUAGUCUGCCCGUUCUGUUGCGUGACGAUGGUGAGAACAACCAUUUUAUAUUCAACAAAUAAAAUUGUGUUCAACUAAUAUAGCGAAUAUGUGGAGUGAUAUCCGUCAAGAUCCCGGGUUUGAUGAUCCCAAGUUUUUGAAAAAAGAAGAUGCUGCAAAGAAAAAGGCAUGGACAAACUUUUUAAACCGCUUUCCAAAAGCGGACAAAAGCAGGUUCAUUUCACAAGCAAUGAUCAAUGAGAAGAAAAACGUAACCGCGGAGGUGUUCUUCAAAGAAAGCAAAGGCUCGUUUCAAAGUGUCUUCGGCUCAGACAGAAAAUAUUGGAGCUCGGAAAUGAAAGAAGCACUUGGUUUGGGAGACAGCAGGGGUUUUCCUUACCAAUUGGCUCCGCUUGGUUCAAAAGUUUCCCUGCCCAUCCCUGCGGUACCUUUUGACGGUAAAGCGCCAAGCUUGAAGAAAAUAUUCGACGCCCCAAUCCAAAUCUACGUCACGCCUUACCAAUAUUUCACGACAAAAUUCCGAGAAAUAUUUCAAGAAACCAAACUCAGGCACACUUCUACAGUCAAAUCAAAACGCUGGUAAGGAGGGCCUGACAUGAAAUAUUGGCCGCAACAGCUCAACUUCGCGGUUUUCUGCUCGACACAGGGGUGCGGAGUUUCUCGCAAAAUCUUUGACAGUGGGCUGGAUCUCCCCCGCAGAUAAGAGCUUUCUACAAAUUCCACGUAUAUUUCACGGUCAGGCGCAUUUUGUACCAGCAAGGAGGAAUUCAGAGCAUGAGCGCUUUGCCCGGAGAUCCGCCGUUCAACCAAUACAAUAACAAUUACGACAUCGCUUCGUACAAAAGGAUAUGCAACGAGUUCGGCAUUCCCCCCUCGAGCAAUUUCCGUUACACGCACGGGCCAAACCACAGUCUAUGAAGUGUUUACAUGUACGCGUCAGGCGCAACUAAAACUGACUACCAAUACCCUGGAUGGAACAAAUUCAACAAUGAAGGCGGCAAAGGGAUAAAAGGGGACUUGAUUUAUUACAUCGAGCCGGGUGCCUCUUCUGAUGCUCAAGUGGACUGGUUCGCGCCAAACACCGCGAAUGGUUUGACACAGGCGGGCUUGUCGAGAAUAAAUCAGUCAAUUGAGGCUUUCGUUUACUGCAUCCUGGGCGCGCAAGUCAACGUCCACAGCAGCAUUCUCGGCUCUGGCGGUCGGGCAAGAGAAGCCCAGAGUGAGUUCCUGGUGCUGAUGGAAGACGCGAUCAGACAGCCCGACUUGGCUGCGAGCGUGCAAAGGUACCAGCUCGCGGUGGACUAAGCGAAGGUCAGGCUCAAUCUCGCUGUUGCCCCCAUGGCCUGGCUCAUGCCCGCGCAGAUGAUAAUAAACACCGCGGGCACAAUCGGUUACAAGAACAAGCUGAAACAGGCGGUCUCCGGUAUGUAACUUGGUGUGAACAACGAGGUAAACCCGGAGACAAAAAAAAGCUGGGCUCAAAAUCAUGGCAGGCGGCCUGUCAAAAAUUAACCCACCCAACAGCCAUCCAUCCAACCCAAUACACAAAGCUGCAACAGCCGAAUCAAGGAAAACAGCUCCAUCCGAAACUCAACAAGCACAACCACCGGCGCAAAAAAUUCAGCCCACGGCUCUGGAUAAAACACCGCAACACGAAAUUAACAAAACGGCAGUAAUUGUCGGUGUUGUUGGAUUAUUGGCGUUGCUGUCCCAGGAUCUUUGCUGACCACGUUCCGCACCUAACAAAGGGGUUUCUUCAUAAGAAGUGUCAGGCAGGCCAGACUGCUCGUGAGGAAAAGUACUCAUUUCCGUUUGUUGGCCCCCAUGGUAGCGGUCGCCAGGUUGGUAGGGAGUGGACGCCACGCCUGGCUGAAAAGGACAGGUUGUGUCAACCUCUUGUUCGCCUUCAUCAGAGUCGUGGUCAAGCCGAUUGUCAAGGUCCGGGUCUUCGUGACAAAAUUCGCCACCGCCUUCCGCCAUAGCGAUAUAUUUCAAGCCUAUUAUUUUUCAAAUUAGAAAUAAUCGCCGGUGUUUUAUACAAUGUCAGUUCUUCCAGAGAACCUUUGCCCAACAUACAGCGAAAAGACCGUGCACGCCAUGAAGGCCAAGCGCGUGGUGAAACGAAUCACCUUUACCCCCUCUGAAGCCAACCCCGGAAGUAAGCUGUACGUUUACGUCCCCAAGCUGAACGAGAACGAGGUUCUGGUGCCGGGCUUGCUAGUGCUUGUCUUUGACUUCGACCUUUCUGGAGGGGAAGCCAACAACUUCCUCGUAAAGAACGUCACGUGGGCGCUUGUUGACAGGCUGGUCAUGAAGUUUGUGGGAACAAAACUGCAGGACACGGUUGGGUACGACAUCUACAAAACUUUUGAAGACCUUUUCCUUUCGCAGGAAGAGCGAGACAACAGGAUUCUCGAAGGGAUUGAGAGCGAGGAUCUGCGUAAGAUCCGCUCAAACGCGGGAGACAAGAAAACCUCGGGCGUCGAUGCUGAAAACAAGCUGAAUGACGUGUACAGAAGCAAGUACCGGAUCAGGCUGGACCAUCAGAUCUUAACCAACCACGGUAUUUUCUACCACCAGGCCUUUUACAACGACCUCAUGUUCGAAGUAACCCUUGCCGAAGCAAAACACGUGGUCAAAGGCACCGACACAACCAAGCUGAAAUACAAGCUGACCAAGAUCCAGCUUGAGUACAAAAUGAUCCGCAGCAAGACUCUGGCAGACGAGGCGCAGAGCGUUUACUACAACGGAAAAGAGUUCCUUUACGACCACGUGUUGCAUGACAAUGAGGUGCCCUUCAAAAAAGAAAUUGACCAGAAGCUCACCAUCACAGUCAACGCCCAAAGAGCAUCGCUUAAAGCCUUCCUCCUCCUGUUUGUAGAGCCAUAUACUGCUGGCCAAAGAGAUUCAGAAAAACUCAUCUUCCCCGAUCUGACGAAAGUAAGCGUCACGGUCAACGGCUCGCCCAACAUGCUUUACAACGACGGCAUCGAAGGCAAGGACAUGUGGGAAGAAGCCCGCAACCUGUUUGUAAAAGAAAAAAACAAAACGGAGCACAUGGAUAUGACGAAGUUUUACACCGGUGAUAAGUUCGGGCUUGUGAUUGAUAUGCGCUCCAUGGUUAACCAAGAAAUGCACGGCAGCGGCACGCGUAUUGUGAACAGUACGGACGGUGUCCAGCUGGAAAUUGAGCGGAAAAAAUCCCCCCAAAAAGACGCAGUCGACGUAAAAUGCCACAUACUCGUCAUCGCCGACUCCCAGUUAAACAUUAUGAAUUAUCAGAUGGUUGAUGUACAGGGGGGAAUAUAACAUGGACCCGAGCAAGAUACCCUUCAACGCUCUCAUCGUGGGGCCGACCAAUUCUGGCAAAUCGAGGUUCGUGGUGGACCAGCUCUACGGCCCUUCCUGUGGAAAGUUCAACUACAUCGUG